UUUGAGAGGGCGUUAGUUAAAGAUCCUUAUUAAAUAACCUCAAAGCCGAAAAACACGUGUUUUAAUACAAACGAGCUGAUCUUUGCCAUAAAAGAAGAGAAGAACAAUUUUAUAUAUUUUAUUAUGAUGGAUAAGAAUACUCCGCCGCCUUCGCCUGAGGUAAAGGAUGAAGACAUGAUCCCUGUAGAAGACGUCGAUGAAGUUAUCGACGAAUUCCUGGGGGACGCGAGAUAUAGUGAUGAUAAUGCGGAUUCAGUAUCGAUGAAUGAAAAUGACAGCGACAAUUCGAUGGAGGAGGAGCAAAGAGACGAUGCUGUCUACGUCUUUUGUGGUCAUUCAUUCGCUAAUUCGGUGUUCUGCUGCUCGUUGAAUAAGAAUAGUGAGCUGGCUGCAACAGGAAGCGAAGAGGACAAUGCGUACCUGUGGAACACCAUCACAGGUGAAAUUAUUCUCAAAUGCACCGGUCAUAAGGACAGUGUUAUAUUCACUGGCUUUAACUACAAUGAUACGUACCUGGCUACCGGUGAUAUGGGUGGUACAAUAAAAUUGUGGCAGUUGAGCGACAAAACUUGUGUUUGGGAGACUGCCUUAGAUGAUAUCAUCUGGAUAAAGUGGCAUAAUUCCGCCAAUGUCUUAUUAGUAGGCUUAAGCACAGGAGGGGUUCACUUGUUUAAAGUACCAGAAGGUACUUGCAAAGUCUUUGCACAGGGAUAUGGUGAAAGAGCAGAAAUUGGUCUAUUUCUUCCUGAUGGAAUACAUGCUGUGGUGGGAUACGACAGUGGCAUAAUUCGUGUAUUCGAUUUAAAAACAAAUACUUUACUGUCAACUACCUGUGAUUCAAAGCAUGGACAUUCAAGUGCUAUUACUGCCCUCGACUGUCAUACAAAUAAUAAUUUGUUGAUUUCAACAUCACUAAGCAAGACUAUAUUAAGCACAAUGCAUAAUGGCAAGAUAACUUGUAUACUUCAAGAUUUUUCUAAAAAUAAUGAGACUAGUGAAGAGGAUAAUGCAAAUGUUAAUAUAGAGGCUGCAGCCUUUUGUAAAGAUCCUACAUUUCCUGUUGCUGCAACUGGAACAAUUGAACAGAAUUCGACUGGAAAACUUUACAUAUGGGAUAUUUUCAAACAAGUUCUUAGGUUUGAAAUUACACAAGAAGGAGGCAUUACAAAGCUUGUUUGGACCAGUACAUCAACUUUGUUCACAGCAGGAGUGGAUGGUAUAUUAAGAUAUUUCGAUGCAAGAGCGGGUUGCUAUCUCAAAUCAUUCUCAGGCCAUAAAGCAACUAUACUUGAUUUAUAUGUAUUUCAUGAUGAGAAAAAGGUAUUGACAGUUUCCGACGACGCAACCGCCAGGAUUUUCGAUAUCUCAACUAUAAUAUGAGAUAGACAAUUCUAGGAAUAUAUAUAUAUAUUUUUCUAUU